AUGGCUCAUGGACUGCAGAUAAGAGAUGAAGAAAGUGGCUAUAACAAAAAUCUAUUUUGCAUUCCUAAGCAUUAUGAAGAAGAUUUGGAAAGAGUUUUCAUUCCUCAUGGACUUAUCCUGGACAGGACAGAACGUUUGGCUAGAGAUAUAAUGCAAGAUAUGGGAAGCCAACACAUUGUUGCACUCUGUGUCCUUAAAGGAGGCUAUAAAUUCUUUGCCGAUUUGCUGGACCAUAUAAAAGCACUAAAUCAAAAUGGUGAUAAAUCUGUGCCUAUUACUGUGGAUUUUGUUAGAAUAAAAAGCUACUGUAAUGACUCACCUACAGAAAAAAUCUGUAUUGUUGUUGAGGAACUGUCUACAUUAAAUGGGAAGAAUGUGUUAGUAGUAGAGGACAUUAUUGAGACUGGUAGAACAAUGAAAGCAUUACUUUCAAAAAUAAAAGAUAACAAACCAAAGAUGGUAAAAGUUGUAAGCCUACUUGUUAAAAGGACAAGUCAAAGCCCAGGUUACAGACCAGACUAUAUAGGCUUUGAAAUUCCAGAUAAAUUUGUGGUCGGAUAUGCUCUUGAUUAUAAUGAAUACUUCAGAGAUCUAAACCACAUCUGCAUUCUGAAAGAGAAAGCCAAAGAGAAAUAUAGGAUCUGA